AUGAGAGACAGAACCAUUGUCCAACACAUGAGAGACAGAACCAUUGUCCAACACAUGAGAGACAGAACCAUUGUCCAACACAUGAGAGACAGAACCAUUGUCCAACACAUGAGAGACAGAACCACUGUCCAACACAUGAGAAACAGAACCAUUGUCCAACACAUGGGAGACAGAACCACUGUCCAACACAUGAGAGACAGAACCACUGUCCAACACAUGAGAGAAACAACCACUGUCCAACACAUGAGAGACAGAACCACUGUCCAACACAUGAGAGAAACAACCACUGUCCAACACAUGAGAGAAACAACCACUGUCUAA